AACAAAAGAUAUGAAAAAAAUGUAUCAAACAAAGCGAAUCACAACGAGAAAGUCCUGUUGUUCUGUCCAACUGAAUGACCUGCUGUACUGACUGUGUGUCAAAAUAUCACCUGCAAUAUUCCCUUUGGCAGGUAGGAGGUGCUACAUGACUAAAGCUCCAACUCAGUACAUACCCUUUUGCAUGCAUUAUCUUACAUGUCCUUAUGGUAACAAGGUAUUCAGCACACUUCCAGUUUCUGAUCCAAAAUACAUCAGGAUACUCUGAGGAAAAAACCUGUUGGACUGCUUUUCUUGCCUUCAAUGUACAUUCUUAUUGAUUCUAUAGCCCCUUAUCAUCAUUAACAGAACUGCUUCCUGUGUACCGAUGAACUCCAUCAGCCUACCAGUAAAAUUCACCAAUGAAUCAUUUUCCUUACAGAUUGAUCACCUCUUGAACUUAGACUAAACAGAGAGAUAAAACUUUAUGGCUGCAUCAUGACGUAAGUGCCCCGCCUCAGCCCCCAAUCACACACACUGCUGUAAACAAGGCCGGCAUACGGUGUAAAUAUGGGAGCUAAUUUAACAGCUCAGAAGUGCAGUCAUAUACAGCCGGGCAGUACUUGGCCCAGAUAGUUGUUGAUAAGACGCUGAACUGUGGCUUGGGCUUCGACAUCCUUCACACCAUUUCUGCUGCACUCGAUUCCUUCCAAGACCAUGACUAGAUGAAGUUCACAUCAUCACAAGACUUCAGGAAACCCUCUUGAUGUUGUUUCUUUGUUUGGUCUUUAUGUGCAACAAGGCUCAGAAUCAGCAGGGCGAGAGAAAGGCUUAGCCUCAACAAUGUCCUUUAAAGCAACAGCAGAGGUGUGAAGUUUUCGUGGGUGUCUCAAUCUGGACAAAGAUCUCAACAGCUCUGCUACUGACCAGACAAAGUGUAGAACGGCUUACAGCUCCCACAUCAUGGAAGCUCAGCAUGUCGCAAACCACGUCUACUUCACCGUGCUGGCAGCAUUCGGACUGCCCACCAACAUCCUGACAAUAUGGAUCCUGAUGCAGCGAAGGAAGCGUCCCAGCGAGAGGAAGUCCACAUCGACUCUUUACCUGUCUGCCCUGGCAGUCGCUGACUCCCUUGUUCUCAUCUUCAUUGUCAUCAUAGAACGGGUCAUUUACGGUUUGAUCUUGGGCAGUCGAGUGUCCUUCAGACUCUUCUGUCCGUGGCUAAUAUGGCUGGACUACGGAGCCCACAAUGCGUCCAUAUGGAUCAUAGUGGCAUACACGACCGAGCGUUUUGUGGCCGUGCACUUUCCUAUAUGGAGACACAGGGUGUGCAAGCCGUCCACAGCAAAGGCCACCAUCUCCAUAGUGUUUGCCCUGUCCUACCUGUUUGCCUUACCCCACUUCUUCUCAGAGGAAUCCAAGACUUUUAUGAGUGGGAACACCACUUAUUUUGUUUGCGACCUCAGGGAAGACAUAUCUGCUGAGUACAGACUGACCCUGAUAUGGGGACAGAGUACACUGUCCUUCUUCCUUCCCUUCCUGUUCAUUAUCGUCCAGAACGGACUGAUCAUACAUCGGCUCAGAGGUCUCAGAAGAGUGCAGCAAGGCAACACGUCCUUGGUGGGAAACAAUGGACUGAAAUAUUCAGGCUCUAAUGUCGAAAGAGUUGAAAACUCCCCAGGAAGCAACAGCAGAAGAGCACAGAAUAUUACACCAGGUGAAACGCAACCGCCACAAGAGUUCUCAAGGCAGGAGCAUACUCAUGGCACAAGACCAAGGUCUGAUACACAGGAGACACAGGAAAGGCCCCGGCUGCUCACCACUGGCAGUGUGUCUAACCCACGACUGGUUCGGGCCAAAGUUUCCACAAUCACCAGCAUACCUCUACGCCAAAGUACCCGCAUAUCCAACAAGCCCAUCUACAUCCUCCUCACCAUUAGCACAGUCUUCGUCCUUCUGUGGCUGCCGCGACUUGUUUAUUUGUUAAUUGUGCGUAUAAACAACAUUGACAGGCACGGAGAGCUCGCCUGGAGGCUGGGCUCGGACAUUUCCAAUGCGCUGGGCCUGCUGAACUCCUCCAUCAACAUCUUCAUGUACUGUUUUGCGGACAAGCGAUUCCGUCAGGACCUGGUGAGGAUCCUAACAUGUGGAAGGAGGCAAUCUGCACCAGUUGCAAAGAACAUGAUGCGAAAUGCAGACACACUCUGUGGUGACAGCAUUGAACAUUGAACCAAUGAACAGUAAUGUCAUAGUCUUACAAAUUCCAGAAGAAGCUUGUUCAUAUAAUUCACAUUUCUGUGACACAGCAUAGCUUUUGUGCAGUCUUUGAGUUAAAGCCAAAGUGUGAUUCAGUCAGCUAUUAUAUACUCACUACUCUGUAACUCAUAUAUAGCUUCUUAUUUCUGUGAUACGAGUCUAGUGUAUAGUACAGGAUGUAACAGUAACAGGUUUAUCAGAAGAUUCGAGACAAAUACUGCAACUAGUUUGAAAACAGAAUGGAGAAGAAUCUUCAUGUUCUUGUGAUUUUAUGUACGAAGGCUAACAGCGGUCACAUUCAUGUAAAGUAAAGUCAUUGUUAGCUUUUCUACUUAUGAGACUCUUCUGUUUUAUUGCACCUCCAAUAAAUGGCACUAUAAUGAAGAUGUAUGAGUGCUGUGUCAUUUCUUUGAUUGUUUAAUGUUCCUUGCUCCAAGUAACAGAGGAAUUACUGAUUCCCUUCAAAGUCAUAUCUUAAACACUUCAAACCCAAGUAUUUCUCCCCUACUUGUCAGAGGUAGGGCCAGAAAUAGAUACAGAUACUUCCUAAGUUCUGAGUGGUGCAGGUCAAAUUUGUCUUGCUACUGGCUGGUGCAGAUAAUUUUCAAUGCUACCCAGGGCAGGUAUGCAGAAAAAAGUAUUGAAUACUUUGAGCCCUGAAUACUUUUGCACUGAAGAUGAUUCCAGCAUGUUCAUCUCCAACAAAAUGCAAGUUGGUGCUGAAAAGAACAACACAGACUGGACCAUGUUGAGUUUGGCUUAUGUGAGGGUUUG